AUGGCAACAUACACAGUUAGUAGCCAUUUCUACAUCUGCUCGGACAACAUGUUCCUUUAUCUUCUUACCAUCCUUCUUCUUCUUAACGCCUUCACCCAGGACGUGGUUUUGGCCCAGGAUUGUGUUGAUAGAGUACCGACGGCGGUUUGCGAAAAUAUAAAGAGGAAACACGACUGCAAAGGACCAAUGGAGAUGAUUGCCCAGAUGCAGUGUCCAAAAACAUGCAAUUUAUGUUAG